CGGCACACAGUGUCAUGCAAUAAGAUGAAGCAUCACUGUCAUGGGUUAACCAUGCAAGUAUUAAUUAUAUUCUUCGUGGUUAGCAUAUCCGUCGUCUUGUCAGAAGACUUUUGUGAAGCGAACAGUUGUUCCACUCAAGAAUCAAAAUGUGAACAUUUCAAUCCAAUGACAUUUAGUGCCUCAAAUCAAUCCAUAUUCCUUGUCGCAGCUCAAGGCAGAUUAGGAAAUCAUUUGAUUGCCCAUGCUCUCUCUAUAUCCAUCCAUAAAGCAAUCGGUGUCAAGACGUAUCUUUCGCAAGAAACGCAUGAUUUCUUAACUCAAUAUUUCGAGGACAUUCAGUUGCCCAUUUUACAAAAUAAGUUCUGCAAUUGGAACGAAAUCAACUUCCAGGUAUUUAGUAAAGGGAUUGAGGAUCUUGUAAAAGAUCCAGCUUUGAGACAAGGACAUCUUCUCGACCUCUGGUCAACUGGAUACAUGACAGACGCCACAGUUUGUUGUCCAGCUCAAGAAAUGUUUUAUUUCUUUAAUCAAAAUGGACUUUCCUCUAUUCGAAAGAAUCUCAGGUUCAAACCGAAGUUCAAAGAUUACGCCAAUGAUUUCAGGAUCCGGGCUGCGGCCAAAAGAAAUUUCCCCGUGACCAAAAUAACUUUUAUUGGUGUUCACAAUCGACGAACUGUGAGAUCGAAAUGCAAACCUGGUCUGGGCUUGAGAAACAAUUUUUUUUGGCCUUUUGUCUUUCAGGAUUACAUUCCUUAUAUGCAGAAGAUGUUCAGAAUGGAGAGUCCCUAUACGAAGAAGUUUUUCUAUCAAGCCAUGGAGUACUUUAGGGAAGAGUAUGAACACGUGGUGUUCUUCUUUGUGUCAGAUGAUAUGGAAUGGGGGAGAAAACACAUCAAGAACAAACACAAAGAUCUGUAUUUCUUGGGGAAAGGCGAUACCAAUUCUCCUGAUGCCAUUGGAUAUGACCUAGCAUUACUCGCCUCUUGCAAUCACACCAUCAUUACUUGGGGAUCGUUUUCUAUGUGGGCCUCAAUAUUGAGUGGAGGAGAAUAUUACUCGGAAUAUGGUGUUAUUGUGCCCGGUGAUCUUCAAUAUCCAGAGAAAAAGAGGAAAUUUAGAAACUGAUUUUGGUUAUUUUACCGGGAAAGAUCUCGGUAAAUAGUCUUGUAGCGGAACAUUGAUUUAUUCGCUCUUUUUGUCACGCAACCUAUUUCAAAGGCAAGGUUACUCAUGAUUUUUUCGGAAAGAGAAAUAAACAUGACACUUUUAUCAACGGAGAAGUGGUUUCUUGAUCUUGGAACUGUUUCGCUUAAGAGAACUUGCCUCAGGUGUUCAACAUAUAUUUUAGUGUUCAUCAGUGUUUUAACAUUAUUAGCCAAAUCUUUGGAGUCGCAUCCCACCCAAUCCCGUUAUGAAGCAAACGAGUCCAACGAGAAAAACUAUGAGCUUCUUAAGCGGGAAUUUCGAGCCAGAAACGACCAUUUGCAUCAACAGUGCAAAAAAUACCCACAUUUGAUCCCUUUUAAGGCUCUCAAUCAAGCUAAGUUCUUUUAUCUGAAGCAACCAGACGUUAUGAUGUGCAUGAUCCCCAAAGUAGCGAGCACAUCUUUGUCGUCAUUCCUAAUCCAGUCUCACCAACAUUUCAAAAGCCUUCCAGAUAAAGGGUUGACCAACAUUGGAUUUCCCUCGGGCAGUUUGAAUGACACUUUUCAAGAUACGUACAAGAUUAUGGUGGUUCGACAUCCGUUGGAAAGACUUUUAUCGGCGUAUCUCUACGUUUUUGUAAAGGAAGUUCAAGGUGACCUAAAACACACCAACAUGUAUUCUAAUUUAACGCAUCUGUUGGCGUUACAUUACCGUGGAUCCCACUCUUGGGAUGUCAAUCCUCUCCUGACGUUUCCAGAAUUUGUCAGAUUCAUCGUCAAUGGAACUAAGGAACACAUUCCAGGUUCUUGGCAAGGAUUGUCAAACGGGGAUUUUAUUUUCAAUCCCAACCUUAAUUCUCAUUGGGAACCGUACUGGAAAGUGUGCAGUCCCUGCCAACUACAGAACCACCCAAGUAUCAUCCUCAAAUUCGGCAAAGAUUUCGAUCAAGAGGUCCAAUAUGCGUUAAAAGAGAGUGGUAUUCAGGAAUUUUUCACUCAAAGGGUGCAUCCAAAGUUGCAGGGAACCCUUCAGUGGAAGAAUUCAGGCCAAACAGAGCUCCUGGAGGAGUUUUAUUUCUCUCAAUUGUCCAAAGCUGAAGUUUUGCAACUCUACCAAGCCUAUAAAGUUGAUCACGACCUUUUCCGAUAUGAUGUGGAACCAUAUUUAUCUUUCAGUCAUGGAUAAACCAAAUUUGUUGAUGUUAGUAUAUGCUUUAAUAUUUAUCCCCCGUCAACAGAGCCUUAACGUCAUUUCUGAAAAGUGCAUAGACAAUACCAAAAAGCAAAAUAAAACAGAUGCUGCCCAACAGAACGA